AUGAAUAGUUUACAUUUCUAUCUGCUAGGAGUUGUUUUACAUGUAUCCAGUCAUAGAUUUGUUUACAACAUAACACAUAUAUUUAUGUCUUUUAGAAAUGAUUCUUAUAAUACAUCUGAGAAUUUAAAUGGGGAACAAUUGUUUAAACAUGUUAAUACGUCGUUUCUAAAUUCUUUGCCAAAAGACCAGAAUACAAACUUUUCAUUAGAUGUUGAACUAAAAAUCAACACAGAAAAUAGAACGAUUAAUUUACAUUUGAAUGAUUAUGAAACGAAUUUUAAUACUGAGAAAAUGAAUUUUUCAAAUAUUCCAUGGUCUCAAUUGAAUCUUUCCAGUUUACCAUUUAUGAUGAACGAAUCUGAUUAUCAACAACAUGAAAAAAAUGUUGAAUUUAAAAGUCAACAGUUGAAAACAAAACUCGAAGAAGUAGCUAAUAUUAGUGAUCACAUCGAAAAGUUUCUUUUUGCACCAAAUAUAACAACUAAUUGGUUAAUUAUAUGA